GGUUUUCUUCGGUCGGACGACAUAAUUCAGUGAUCAUUCUCAUCCAAGCGUUUGCACAAUCCUUGUGUUUGAACGUGUAGUGUUUUAUUUUUGUUAAGUCGGUAUCUAAUUUUUAGUAUCCACGUUAAACUUAUUUAUGUUGAUCUACAUAAUACAAAAUUAACUACUAGGCUGGCGAACCACUUGGAAAAUGAGUUCGAAAAGUGGUUCAUCUUCUUACACCGUACCGUCAGAACCGAUAAAAUUUCUAUUCGAGUUAACGAUAUUUUUCAUUUUAUUGGUACCUUCGAUUGUGUGGGCCGGCGUUAAGAACAUCAUUCCAGCCAAACAAAAAAGCGCCAAAGGCCAUGUUAUAGUGAUCACAGGAGCGGCCAGAGGUCUGGGCCGUGAGCUCGCUUUGCAGUUUCACAAAUUGGGUGCAAAAAUAGCCUGUGUUGACGUUGACGAAGCGGGAAAUAUCGAAACGGCCAAACUUAUCACAGAACAAAACGGGAUAGCCAAAAGCUACAAAGUCGACGUGUCCAACAGGGAACAGAUCAAGAAGAUGCACGAGUCCGUGCAAACCGAUCUAGGACCUGUAGACAUGGUGAUCAACAACGCCGGAUUGGUGUGGGGUCAUUCGUACAUUAACCCGGAAAAAGAUCAAUUUAUUACUGACUUAAUCAACGUGAAUCUAUUGGGACAAUUUUGGAUGAACAGAGAAAUACUUCCAUCCAUGUUAAAAAGAAACAGCGGACACAUCGUGGCAAUGUCUUCGCUUUCCUCGAUGGACGGUGUACCGGGAAUUUCAUCGUACACAGCCUCUAAAUGGGGUGUCAAUGGCAGUAUGGAAUGUUUAGACAAUGAAUUAAGAAGAUUAAACUCAGCAGUUGUGACUUCAACGGUACUGCCAUAUUUCGUCGAGACUAAUCCAAAAGUCACUGAAAAAUUGGAUCUUAGAUUUCCCGAAAUUCCAACGAAAAUAGCGUGUAAAUUGAUAAUAAACGGCAUACUCGAAAACCGUAGAAUAUUUUCUGUGCCCGGACACCUCUACUCCACAAUGGCUUUUGCGAGAUUACUACCGGAUAACAUGUACAGACUCUUCAAAAAAAUCACAUUCGUAAACGUACUGCCAGAUCCAAAAGAUCAAGAAAUUCUAGAUACGUAUCAAAUAAGAUGAUACGUUUGUCUCUAACCGUAUUGUCGUUAAAAUGAAUUUAAAGAAAACGUCAUAAUAUACAUUGUUUGAUGGGUUAUUUAAUUGUGUUGUGUAAUAAAUUAUUAACUUAUAAUGUUUAA